CUUAAGAAAUUCCACCUUUAGGUGACAAGCAACCCUGCACUGGAGAUGUGAACCAAAUGUUAAAUGUUCCCAGGUCGUGCCUCGAGUCACUGAAGUCACUAGUGAAAUAUGCGUACUGUCUCUUUAAAAUAUUUUUUGACGAAGGAAAGGUCGACGAGGAAGGCACAGAGAAGAUGGAUACGUUUGCCUCCGUGCUGUUACGAAUUUCUGAUGGUUUGAAAAAAGAUCAUUUGGAAGCCAUGAAGUUCCUGUGUAGUGAUGACAUAGGGAAGAAGAAGCUGGAGAAAGUGGACAACGGGAUACAGCUUUUCCAGUACCUUCGAGAAAUGCAGAAGAUCGGAAUGGGAAACACACAGUAUCUCCGUACCCUUCUGACAAACAUUAAAAGGCCCGAUCUUCUCGAGAUACUGGACGAAUUUGAGAAGCAUGGUUCCGGGCCGCAGGAAGAUCUACCUGACGCUAAGGAGCAAGACAAACUGGAUAUUGCUACACAACUUAUUGCUGAAAAUCUAGGAAAAGACUGGCGGAUGUAUGGGAGAAAACUUGGAAUAAAAGAUGCUAAACUGGAUCACAUAAGGGAGAAACACCCAUACAAUCUACAAGAACAGGUCAUUGAGCUCAUCCAAGAAUGGAGGAAAAUGCAUGGAGCCAAAGCCAGUGCAGAAGACUUAAUUCAAGCUCUUCGGAAGUGUAAUUUAAAUUUAACAGCUGAUCUCAUACGACAGAAGCUUUCCUAAUGGGAGGAAGGGAAUUUUUUUUUUAUUUCUUUGUAUUGUGAUUUCACCUUCAUUUUUGUGCUCUGUGUUAAUGCAUCAUCAGCCAGAUUUUGCAAUGUAUAAUUAUAUUAAUUUCAAAAAUUAGACCCGUAGACUUGGCAAAGGCCUUUUUUUAUAUAUAAAAUUAGUUAUGAUGGCAAUGAUCUUUGAUUCUGGUACUUUCGUUGUCUCACUAUAAUAAUAUGAAAAGUAAUAUAAAUUUGCUGUUUAUUUUGGUCAUUGAUUUUUAUUUUUUGAGUAAUAUUUAGGUCAGUAGCUGCUGGGUAGUCAAUUUUGUUUACUGAUCUGCAGUCCUUAUGUUUUCUGGGAUAAAUCUAUACUGUUUCAUAUAAACUCCCACUCCCCACGAUCUUUUUCCCAAUCACUCACCUAAAAAAUAAUAUAAUAAUAUAAUACUUAUAAUAAUAUCUUGUCAGUUUAAUGUUUUUGUGACUUUUAGUUGGGCCUGGGGUGUGUAUAAGGUGAAGAUACAUCUGAAAUGGAUUUGAAUCCAGUUGCUCUAACUGGGAAAACACGUUGUGUAUGAAGUUGAUGCUUCUGGCCACUCUUUAAGUCCUUCACAGGACGCUUGUCAUACAUCUGCCGCUGGUAAGUGCAACAAGCUAGUUUGUGCUAACCCCCCUCCCCACCCCAACAUACAAACAUAAAAUGCUAAAAAGCAUGGGGGGAUCCAUUGAGCCAGCUGAGUUAUAGGAUAAAAUCAUUGCGUCAUUUUUGCAGUAUUUCACAGAAGUUAUGUGCAAUGGCAUUACACUGGACACCCAGACAACACCAGUGGGCAAUGGAGGGCAGAUCAGUGUGGGUUAUGUGCCAAUGAGAAUGGUGAGCACCCGGCAGGGGGGGGCUGUAGUGUGAUCAUAUGUGAAUCAAGGGAAAUGAAAUAGAUUUACUGGUGAGCAUCCAAGAAGUAACCUCAAUCUUUGCCUUGGAUUUUAUUUUUAAAUAAUUUACAUGAUAAAUUUGAAUGUAUGUUAACUGACUGGUAGGUCAUUUUUCAUCAUAAUAUUCAUUCUGUAGAAAUAGUCCAACAGACAAAUUAUUUUAUAUAAGUCGUCAUUUAAUAUAUAUAUACUAUGAAAGUAAAUUACACUGGAUUGUUAGCUAUGCAUGGUGCAUUUGAGUGAAAUGUUUGCGUUAGAUGCAAGGCAGAAGAGAUGUUUCAGAGAUUGUCAUUUUAAUAUGUGCUUCACUUGUUUUAUAAAUAAAUACAAAAAAAAAUCACAUAGGUCUUUAUUUUAAAA